GCAAUGACAUGGCGGGAGCGGCAGGGGCGAUAGAGAGUGCCGGCCCGCGGGCGCUGCCGCUCUGGCCGCCGGAGGACUAUUUCUCUAUGGUCCAGGAGGACUCGCUCUCUAUGACCCUGGAGGUCUAACUCGCUAUGACCACGGAGGACUCUCUCUAUGGCGGCCGCACCCUGCCCGCAGGGCCGCAUGUCCCGGCAUGCCCCGCGGCCGCCACUAGUCCCGCCGUUCCCCGGGGCAGCCUCACUUCCGGCGCGGGCGUUAAGAUGGCGACGCCCAUGCACCGGCUGAUUGCCCGCAGACAGGCGGAGGCAAACAAGCAGCAUGUGAGGUGUCAGAAGUGUUUAGAGUUUGGCCACUGGACAUACGAAUGUAAAGGGAAGAGAAAAUACCUGCACAGGCCUUCCAGGACAGCUCAGCUGGCCAAAAUCCUUAAGGAGAAAGAAAAGCAACUCCUGCUGCAGCAGAGCGCUGGAGAAAGUGCUGCAGAAAAGAAGACCAAGAAAAAAAGGUCCAAGAGUGUGACCAGUUCCAGCAGCAGCAGCAGUGACAGCUCAGCCAGCGACUCCUCCGACAGCGAGGACUCCUCUACCUCCUCCUCCUCCUCCUCCUCAGACAGUGACAGUGAGGACAGCAACUCCUCCUCCUCCUCCUCCCCCUCCUCCAGCAGCUCUUCCUCCUCCUCCGACUUCGAGUCGGAUUCCAGCUCCUCCAGCAGCAGCAGCAGCAGCAGCAGCACAGACAGCAGCUCUGAGGAUGAGCCCCCAAAGAAGAAGAAGAAGAAAUAGCUGGGGAGGUGCAGGACUGGUGGGAGUGAGUGACACUGCCCUCCCAGGGGCUGGAGCACACAGUGCCAAACGCUCCCUGGUCAGCAUUUCUACUGCUCACAUUUCUAAGUGUUCUGCGUAGUUGUUCAUAGGACAUGGAAGGUAUUAAAUGGCACGUGAGACUUACUGAGAGAGUAUUUUUGUGGUUUAUCCUUUUAUGGAAGAUUUUACUUUUUUAGUUCCUAAAAAAAAAAAAAAAAAAAAAGUUCUAUCAUCAGAUUUGUUUAUAUGAGCUGAAGUCCAGUAACCUGGAUGUUUACAUGCUGGAAAGUAAAAGCUUUUUGUUGCAGAUUAUGCUGUGCAUCAUGUGCUGUUUCUCUGUUAUAAUGACAGUUUCACUUCCAUUGAGAAAAAUCCUCUAAACUGUUAAAAGCAGAAGUUUUUCAGUGCUGCUGUGGAGCUGUGGCAUUGUUGAACCUGAGCCUCCCAUCUCGCCGGUGACAGACGGGUUCUGUGCUGCUGAGCUUGUGUUCCAGUGGCUUCUUCUGAUGCUUCCAGGUCGAGUCUUCACUGCACCACCCAGCUGAGCUGUGUUGAUUUGUCCCUGACCAGUGUCGUGCUUGUCCUGCCCACAGGCUCUGGGCCCUUCCCUCCCCCGUGUCCUUGGCUGCUGUUGGAGGUGUUUGCUGAGACACAGGGUUGGUGUUGGGAGCAGCAGCCCAGUGAAUCGGGGCUGGUGCUGCUUUAGGAGUUUCAUCUUUGUGCCUUUUUUUUUUGUAAAAUCAGUGUACCCCAGCGAGACAAGGGCUGGAGUGGGGGUUCUGCAGACCUCCAUCAGAAUAUUCCCAUCCGUAACGUGGUCAGCAAAAGCAGAGAAAUAAUAACAGACAGAACUGGGCACUGUUUCCUCUGGAUGCUCAGGAAAGAAGAGACUCCUUGAAGGAAAGGUCUCAGAGGCAAGCAUUUCCCAAGGAAUGUGUGAAACACAGGAUUGCCAGAAGCUGAGUGGCAGUCUGCAGCAAUCCAGGCAUUCUCUGAUUGUGGGAAUGGCCUGGGGAAGCAAGUGAGUGCAAACCCCAGAAAAGCAGAUCCCAACACGCUGCAGAACAGGGAUUGCUGGAUGCAGAGUGGGAAUUGUUUGGUUUUCUGGUGGAUUGAAGCAGUUGCUGUUAGUAUUUUAUUUGGGGAUGCAGUCUCCUGAAUUUCUUACUGUUGGAGUGCCCUUUUGGGGAGGGGGCAUCAUUUGUGGAAGAAUUUUCAAGUAUCUUGGUUUAGGUUAAAUACAGUAACUAAACUAUUUUUUAUAUUUUUAUGGAAAGAGUAGUAUGUAGACUUACUUUGGAAUAAACUGUGUUUAUUUAAAUGUUUGAAAAUACCCAUGUUGUGUGUCUGUCUGACCACUCCUGUGUUUUACAGAACACGCUGCAGGCUAUAAAUAAAACUACCAAAAAAGUGUUCAA